GCCUGCGCUCCGCGGACACCAUGGCCGGCGAAAUCGAAGAUCUGAACGGUCGGGAGGCGCAGACUGUCUGCGACGGCCUGGGACGCUACGAGGACACGCUGCGGGGCGCCGUCCGGGAGAUCCAUGUGGACAUCCAGUUGUUCAAGCAGGGGGUAGGCCGGCAGGUGGAGGAGGUGCUGCGCCUCGCCAGCCCCCUGGCACACGCUGUCUCUGAGCUGCAGCAGGAGAACCGGCGCCUGCGGGUGCAGCUGGAGCGCCUGUCUCGGCAGGUGGAGGCCCUGGGCCGCUCGGCGGGGCUGCCGCACGAGUGGGCGAACGAGGCGGCGGAGAGCCCUCGGGCCGGCUCGCCCCGGCGAGGUUCGGCCGGCGGCGCCUUCUCCAGUCAUGCCAAGCUGGCGGUCACUGGCCGGAGCCAAAGCGUAGACCUGGAUGAGCACCAGAAACCUGAGUUUAGAAGAGUUUUUAGUUCUUCCAACAUUGAAAAUGGGCAUCGAUCGUCAGCAUCAGGUCAGGUGAAAGUUGCCCGUGAAGUGACCUGUUUUCAGAUGUCAGAAUCGUCUUCCCCUGAAGCCCAUGCCCCUGUAGUCACCUUACAGAUGCCCCACCUUCCCGUUACUGCAGUAACCAGGACAUCUGAGAAGUUUUCAGGAGAGAACGUCUGUCCAACAGGAACAACUAAUACACCUUGCCUGCUGGGGCAGGGCAAGAGCACAAAUACAAUGGGAGUAAAAUCCUCCAACCAGCCAGAGAAUGCUACUUCUGUCACCAAGUCUGUUUCAGCUGUGAACUAUGGGCUGCGUAGUGGAGCCAAAACUGGUGAAAGUGCCAUUGACAGUUACUGUGAGGUGAGCCCCAGCUCUCACUCACCUCCUCCUGCUGUACAUCACCAAGUUGAAAGGAGGCGAGAACUGGUGCGGUCUCAGACGCUCCCGCGGAUUACAGGAACGCAGGCCAGGAAAACCCUUUUUGAGAAACUUGAAUGUGAGGAUGGAAAAGGAAAAGGAGAAUCCAGAGCUAAGCUGAAGAGGUCAUUGAGUUUUGGGGUUGCCAGCGCUAGCAGCAUUAAACAAAUUCUGUUAGACUGGUGUCGCUCAAAAACCAUAGGAUACAAGCACAUUGAUCUCCAGAACUUCUCCUCAAGCUGGAAUGAUGGGAUGGCAUUCUGCGCUCUUGUGCAUUCUUUCUUUCCUGAAGCUUUUGAUUAUAAUAAGCUUGACCCAGCUAAUCGCAAGCAGAACUUUGAGCUGGCCUUCACAACGGCCGAGAAAAUGGCUCACUGUGACCGUCUGAUAGAAGUGGAAGACAUGAUGGUAAUGGGUCACAAGCCAGAUCCUAUGUGUGUCUUCACCUAUGUCCAGUCACUGUACAGUCAUCUACGACAUUUUGAGUAAAACCAUCGACACCUCUCCAGCCAGAAGGGUCAAGUACAGCAUGGGAAGAGUGACAUUUUGCAAACAGAACACAGUAUUAUUUCUUGCUUUUUACUGUCCCUUUGCUUACAUUCAGCUGUGUGGAUGGCUGACUGAAGUAUUGCUGAGCAGUGCCCUGAAGUGUUGAUCACAUCACUAUGUCAGUAAUACAGAAAGAAGUUUGAAAAAGACAAAAAAAAAUUGUUAAAGGCAAAUACUGUCAUUUUGGUGCUAGUAGUAGAUUGGGCUUUUAAGACUUAAAUGUUUAAAGAUCACAGGAAGCAAAUUUGCUUCUCCUGGCUCUGUAAGGCUGGGGACAAUUUUAUGCAGCAAUUCUGCUAUGAAGGUCCAUCUUAAAAUGCAGGUAAGACUCCAGAAGACAGCUUGUUCAGUUACACUUCUCUGUUGAGCAUAGUGCAAAAGAAAUAGCAGAUGAACAAAAAAGAUUCUUUUUAGCAAAUAAUAACCUCGAGUACUAAACCAUUAGGGCAAUAAUUCCUCCCCUCCAAACCUACCUGUCCACUCCAGCAUACAUACACAGAGAUCAAACAGGCAUUGUUUUGUCCCCUUAAAGCAUAAAGAGAGCAUAACCUCGUGUCUGAUGAGUGUGAUGACAGACUACUACGUUACAUAAUGGCAUUUGUCUGUCAUGGUCAAAUCUAAUUGCAGUUGUUGACAGGCAUGCUAAAGCCUCUACUGGCAGUCCUGGAUUAAUUUAUUGAUAGGAAUAGCAAUAGCUGGGACUGUUCUUUAUCUGAGAUUGCGUGCUUGCAGUGUUUAGGAUUGCGGGAAAGGUAGGAACUAGCAAGGUGCAAAAACCUUUGAACAGUUGUAAUAGAAACAAGCCUGUAAUGUGCUUUUACUUGGACUAGAGAAGAGCAGCUCUUCAGUGUGGACAGGAGCCCUUUACAGCUUGUUCAGUACAGAUGCUGAUUCUGAGGUAGAUGAGCAAUCAAGAUGUGGGACUUUGGAAGUAGUUUCAAAAGCCUUGCACUAGUUUCAGUUUUCAGUUAAAUUAGCAUUAAAACCACUGUACAUUUAGAUUAUUCCAGAUUUACUGGACUAAAAAAAGCCUUCUAAAAUUAUUUCUUUCAUAAGAACAGGCUCAUAGAAACUAAAAACUGAAAGCCACUAGUCCUCUGCUCGUGCUAGAUAAUGUUUUUUAACCUGCCCUUGUGCUUUUUGUAGAUAUUUAGAAAGAUGAAUUUGCUUCUGUAUUGAUGACCAUUUAUAAUAAAUUAUGUCAAGCAUU